AUGUUCUCUCUAAACGGGACCAGCCAGGUGAAUGGCACGGAUAAAUCCGCCGAAACCAUAGGCUACAGCAAUAUAAAUGGAAGCGAACAGCAAUCAAAAGAUAAUACAGCUGAUAUAAUAGAGCCACCGUCGUCUCUCCCGCCCUUGUCAACAGUGACUCGUAAGCUGUAUGAUCAAAUCACAGCAUUCCUUGAUGAACGGCAUGACCCUUCUUCCAUCCUCUACCGCGUUCAGCAGCAAACUCGCAUCUCCCUGGACAUCAUCCGCGAAUCCUUGACACGAUAUUCCCUCCGUGAGCUCUCCAUCUCCUACAAUGGCGGAAAGGACUGUCUUGUUCUCCUUUUACUUUUCCUCGCAAGCCUACAUACGCAUUGCACUUCGACCAGUCCGUCAUGCGCUUCCUCGGUUGACAGCAACUCACAAUCCAACACACCUCCUUCCCACCCAACAUAUAUACCAGCAAUAUACGCACAGCCAAAGCACCCCUUUCCUUCCGUCGAGCAAUUCGUCACUCAGUCUUCUCGGGUUUACCAUCUUAAGCUAACCCGCCAUUCGACCGAUCCUCCACAUUCAACCAUCCGCUCCACUUUCGCAGCUUAUCUGUCUUCCAACCCACAGGUACGGGCUAUAUUCGUUGGAACCCGCCGUACUGAUCCGCACGGUGGUAAACUAACGCAUUUCGAUCGUACGGAUCACGGAUGGCCGGACUUCAUGCGAAUUCAUCCGGUAAUUGAUUGGCAUUACGUGGAGAUUUGGGCGUUUAUCAAGCAUUUGGGUGUAGAAUAUUGCCCGCUUUAUGACCAGGGAUAUACAAGUUUGGGGGGGACGAAUGACACUCACCCAAACCCGAAGUUGAGGGUGGAAAGUGAUGGUGAGAAUGGUGCUACCUAUAGACCUGCCUAUGAGCUAAUAGAGGAUGAGGAGGAGCGGUUGGGGAGGGACUAA